AUGCGUAGCUCUGCGCCCUCCUCCUCUCCACGGUCCUACUCCCUACUCCCCCUCCCUCCCACCGAGAACCAGAACAAAGUCCAAGCUCAAUGCCCUGCAACAGAGCACCUCAAUCUCGCACCUAGCAGCCAUUCACCAUGGCUAGUACCUCCCACCGCACGGAAGUCGCUGGCCCCUCCCCAGCCCACCCUCUCCGACCUAAAGCACGGAACCACCACCUUCCCAACCCUGUGGUACCGCAUCCACGUCCUCCUGCACGACAGGCUGGUCGGGGAGUAUGGGCUGUAUCCUGAAGGGGAGAAUUGGGUGGGGCUGAAGAAGCGGACGUUUGGGUCGAGGAAGAAGAGGAAGUGA